AAAAGCUCUCUCUCACUCUCUACUCUUUCGUUUCAUUAUGGCACUGGCAUUGUAUCUUAUUAGGGGAAAGGAAUUGCAUUACGGAAAUUCGCUGAUACGUUUUUUCUCAAGCUGCUCAGCCAUGAAGAAAGGGUUAGUGCUCGGAGUUUAUGAGACAGAAAAAAAAGAGGAUGAGAAGAUUAACCUGACACCUGCAGCAAGUAAAUACAAUGAAAUUUGUGAUGGAAAGCUACUCAAACAAAUACAGUUAGCUGGCCCACAAUUAAGGAAAGCACAAACAAGAGUUUUUUGGGGCCUUGACGACUCUUUCACGGCUGUUGCUGUUGUUGGUCUCGGGAAACAUAACGCUGGCAUUAAUGAUCUUGAGGAAAUUCACGAAGGAAAGGAGAAUAUUCGCGUGGCUGCUGCUGCUGGAUGCCGAGCGUUAGAGGCCGUGGAAAUUCAGGACAUUAGUGUAGAAACUUUAGGAGAUGCGGAAGCUGCUGCGGAAGGUUCAAUAAUUUCUACCUGGACUUUCCAGGAAUACAAGGCCAAGGACAAGAGGAAAACACUGCCAAAAGUUUCUCUCUACGGAAACGAAGAGGAGAAAGAAUGGAAAAUAGGCCAGAUAAAGGCGGAAGCUCAAAAUUGGGCGAGAAAACUUUCCGAUACACCUGCCAAUUUAAUGACUCCUACGAUAUUUUCGGAGGAAGUGACGAAAGUUCUUAAGAGCGUUGGAGUUUCAGUUCAGGUUCACGACAAAGCAUGGGCAGAAAAUAAAAAAAUGGGCUCGUUCCUAAGUGUGGCUCGAGGAAGUUGUGAGGAGCCGAAGUUCCUUGAAAUCUCCUAUAAAGGAGGUUCCGAUCCCCCAAUUGCUUUCGUUGGUAAAGGCGUUACCUUCGAUUCUGGUGGAAUUUCCCUCAAGUCUAGCGCGUCAAUGUCAGAAAUGAGAGCGGACAUGGCAGGUGCAGCUUGUGUCGUUGCUGCCAUAAAAGCUGCAGCCGAAUUAAAGCUCGAAAAGAACAUCCUCGGUUUGAUUCCCUUAACGGAAAACUUGCCAUCGGGUCACGCUACCAAGCCUGGAGAUUUAGUUGUUGCCAUGAAUGGAAAAACGAUUAUUGUCGAUAACACGGACGCUGAGGGUCGACUUAUUCUCGCUGACGCUCUGUGUUACGCUCAUGAACUCAAUCCCAAAUUCAUUGUGGAUGUUGCAACUUUGACUGGCGCUGUGCAAAUAGCAUUGGGAUCGGCAGCCACUGGAGUAUUUUCAAAUAAUACCGAAUUAUUUGAAGCAAUCAAAAAUUCUGGAACUCUUAGUGGGGACAGAGCAUGGAGAUUACCGCUCUGGAAAUUUUUCACUGAUAAAGUAGCGAAGGCCGAGAAAACAGCAGAUUUAAAUAAUAUAAGUAAGUCCACCAAAGCUGGUUCUUGCAGCGCUGCUGCAUUUCUGAGGGAAUUUGUAGAUAGUAAAAUGCCCUGGAUGCAUUUGGACAUUGCCGGAGUGAUGAGCGCCAGUGACUCCGGUCAUCCUUACAUUCCCAGCGGCAUGUCCGGACGUCCUACCCGCACUCUGAUUACCUUCUUGCAACAAGUCUCCUAAUAGGACCAAACUUCAGCCACGCAACUUUUACACUCUUUCUAUCUUGCAACUGAUAUCUACUAACUGUGCAGAGAUUCUUUCCUUCUUGUGCUCCACUUGCGACUGCAAGGGAAAGAAACGUUACCGACUUUAUAACUUACAUAAUUUACAGUUUUAAUUUAUAAUUUAAAAAUGAACAAUACUUUUAACCAUCUCGAAUUGUCAGGUCACGUCUUUUCAAAAUAUUUUUUGACUGAUUUUAUUGAAUUUCCUUCAAAUAUAAUUUUAAUAAAUAAUUAAAAUAAUAAAUAUGAUGACAAAUUUAAAAAAUGUCCUGAAAAUUUUUUUUAAAAAAAGAAGCAAUUUGGUUUUUUUGGCCUAAACUAUGAAAGGAUAAAAAUGAUUUUAUGGAAGAAUUAAACAAUUUUUUUGAUAUAGUUAAAAAUGUUAACAAUUACAAAAAGAAGUGACCUGAUAAUUCCGUAACUCCGAAAAACUGAAACUAGUUAACACGUUCUCGUCCCGAAGAAGAAUGAAUUAGCUCAUUGAAUAAAUUUACUGUCAAAAUUUGAUAUCUAUUAAAUUUUUCGAAUGGACAGUUUUAAGAAGUUAGCUGUAAUAGCCAAAAUUAGUCUAAAUUUAAUUUAAAAAUUCUCUUUUUUUAAAAUUUGUUGUCGUUUAGAGGAUUGGAACUGAGAAAUGAAUAAGUUAAAUUAAAAUUAAAUUAUCUUUGUAAUAAACGUAUAUAGUUUUGGGAGUUUUUAUACAUAAAGAAAUCCAACUAAAAAUUAUGUAGCAGAUGAGUAAUAAUAAUGUUUAUAAAGACUCAUCAUCAUCAAUUGUAUCUUUUGUGUAAUAAAUUAUCAGUUACAUUAUUAUUCUUUAUAA